CCAGUUUAUACGCUCUUAAAUUUUGAAGAGAUUUGAGUUUAGGUAAAUUGAUAUACUAACGCAAUCAUGUCUAAAAGAACUUAUGAAUUUGCUGUUGUUAAAGGAAAUAUAGACUCAAUGUUUAAGGACACCUCAUCUAGUUUUGUUGUAUGCCUAAAUCAUCGCGACCAUGAUAAUUUGCUGUCUCAGUUUAACUUACGUCAAAUUAAACCAUAUUAUGCUGAUUCAAAUCAAAAUCAGAUACACCUUAAAGAAUAUCCUCUGGAAGUAGUGGCUGCUUUGGGUAAACUGGGCUAUAGACUUAUGUCUACUAUUCAAGAUGAAAAUCAGUUCUUUGUAUGGACAAUGCAGAAGGAAGUAUAAUUUACAAACUAUGUUGUUACUUUUGACUUUUGAUAGUAUGUUGUAGAUAAGUAUAUAUAUUUUAUAUUUAACUAUAUCUAUAGAUCAAAGUUUUGUAAACAGGAACCCUACUAAAUAAUAGAGCUACUUUGUAUUAUUUUUUUCAUAAUUUUAGAAGAUAAAAAUUGGUUUUUGUAAUUUUAAGUAUCUUUGUAAAGCUUCAAUUUGUUAA